CUUCUCCCCCUCCCCCUUCCACUCCACUCCUCACUUGUCUGCCUCCUCCAUCUCUUUCUCCCUACCAUUCCUAAUCAUGGGCCUCAAGUGGUUCAUGACCAGCCUCGUGGCUGGCUUGAUGGCCAGCACCGUCGUUGCCAACCCUCUUUCCAGCAGGACCAGCACCACCCGACAUAAGAAGCGCAGCUGCGUCAAGCCCUGCUUCAACAGCCCCGAGGAUAGGUCGUGCUGGACACCCGGCUGGGAUAUUCACACCAACUUCGAGGAAGAAGUUCCAAUUACUAAUGUCACCAGGACUUAUAACCUGAGCAUUACCAACGUCACCAGCUGGGACGGCGCCGAUGGUGUCGCCAAGCCUGUCAUGCUCAUCAACGGCGGAUUUCCUGGCCCGACCAUCGAAGCGGACUGGGGCGACGAAGUCGAGAUUCACGUCACCAACAACCUUCAGCAUAACGGUACUUCGCUUCACUGGCAUGGCAUUUGGCAGAAAUAUACCAACACCAUGGACGGCGCCAACGGCUGCACCGAGUGCCCUAUCCCCCCCGGCACUACCAGGACCUACAAAUUCCUGAUGCGCCAAUACGGCACGGGCUGGUACCACUCUCACUUCAGCGCUCAGUACGGUAACGGCGUGGUGGGCAUGCUCAAGAUCAACGGCCCCGCCUCGGCGAACUAUGAUGUCGACCUUGGCCCCUACCCCAUCACCGACUGGUACUACGACACCGCCGACCGUCUCGAGCGGGCCUCUCAGUUCAGCGACCACGGACCUCCCCCCGACAGCGACAACGUCCUUUUCAACGGCACCCACGUCAAUGCCGAGGGUGGCGGUCGGUACGCCAAGACGGUUCUGACCCCGGGCAAGAAGCAUCUCCUCCGCCUGGUCAACCCCUCCGUCGACAACACCUUCACCCUGUCUCUCGUAGGCCACAAGUUCACCGUCAUUGCCGCCGACUUCGUCCCCAUCGAGCCCGUCGAGAAGGACACUCUCUUCAUGACCACCGGCCAGCGUUACGACGUCAUCAUCGAGGCUGACCAGGAGAUUGGCAACUACUGGUUCAACGCCACCCUGGCCUCCAGCGGCAUGUGCGGCACCACCGUCAUCGACCACCCGGCCGCCAUCUUCAGCUACGAGGGGGCCCCCGAGGACGAGCUCCCCACCGACCCCGGCGCCCCGGUCGACGCGGGCUGCGCCGACGAGACCGACCUCGUGCCCGUGGUGCCCAAGAGCGCGCCCCGCGACGACUUCCUCGCGCACAAGAACUACCUCGACGUCGCCGUGACGCUGCAACCCUACGGCGAGAAGUCGGUCUACCGGUGGAAGAUAAACGACUCGGACAUCGACAUCGAGUGGGGGAGGCCCAUCCUGGAAUACGUGCGCGAGGGCAACUACUCGUGGCCCCGCCAGGCCAACGUCAUCGAGGUCGAAGAAGCCAACGUGUGGACCUGGUGGAUCAUCGAGAACGGCAGCCGCAUGCCGCACCCGAUGCACCUGCACGGCCACGACACCAUGCUCCUCGGCGUGGGCGCCGGCGAGUUCGACCCGGCCAACCACACUGACCUCCUCAACUUCGACAACCCGACGCGCCGCGACGUGGUGCAGAUGCCGGGGAGCAGCUGGAUCGCCAUCGCCUGGAGGACGGAUAACCCGGGCGUGCACCUUAUGCACUGCCACAUCGCCUGGCACGUCUCCCAGGGCCUCAGCGUGCAGUUCCUGGAGCGCUCCUCGGAGAUUGCGCAGACUGUCGACCUUCACGAGAUUGAGCCCAACUGCGCGGCCUGGCGCGAGUACGAGGCGACGGCCGUCUACCCAAAGCACGACUCUGGCUUGUAAAGCGACACGUCCACACGUCAUUACCACCGGUAUGAGCCGGCUGUUACUAUUACGACCUUUUUUCUUUUUUUUCUUCUCUUUUUUCUCUUUUUUCUCCUUUUUUCCCUUCUUCUUUUUCUUCCUCCAUUCCAUUCCCAUUUUUUAUAGACAUGACGAACUUUUCAGCAAGACGAUACACCGUCUUAGAGCCUUAUUUGGCAACCGAGCGUGGGAUUAUAUGCAUCAUAGAACGAUAGACGGC